UUUGCUCAGCAAUUCAACAGAAACUACUAAUCGCAGUCGAAGUUUGACGCGUCAAAAAUGGGCUUCACAGAAUUAACCAACCCUCACAAAGCCAGCAAUUUGCCAGGAUACCGCGGUUACUGCCCUCAGUUGAAAAAUGAAUGCGGCCACACGUAUGGAAUAGCCACAGAUAAACUCACGACAAGACACAUGCGAAAUGAGAAACUUGUGCCGAUGACUUUACCUGAUCCACGAGAAAGACAAUCUUAUCUGCCUCAACCGAAUGGAGACAACAAACUCACGGCUGCCAUGGUUCCGUACUACACAGGUUACGUUCCCACAAUGCGAUUCCUGUAUGGUUCUCGCUACAGAGAAGCAACAGAGCAGGCUGUCAGCGAUUUCAUGAAGAUGGACAAAACUCAUAGAGCAGAAAAAGAUGAUCUAAAAAAAACUGUCUACAGUCAUCUUAAACUAAAACCUAUACCAACUUACAAAGAACCCACAGAUUACCCAGAUCUAACUCCUAAAUACGCUAAAGGAUACUUUCCCAGUGAACAUCGCAAACUCUGCGAAGCACCUUUACCAGGCUACACAGGUUAUGUACCACGGAGGAGGGAGCAUGAUCUGGGAACUAGGUAUGCCACCUGGACCAAAGAUGGCUUCACGGACUCUCUUGAAAUGCGCCUGAAACAAGAAGGCCUGGCUACCCAAGUCAUUGACGUAACCAGGAUGCCAGUGGCGACUGUGAAACCACUGAUCGCAGAGCACGGAACGCUGUACAAGAAAGUAGGGAUGAAACCAAAAUACACAGGAUACAUACCACAGCGACGUUUUAGAUUCGGCAACACGUAUGGUGACACGACUCGCUCGUUACCAGUCUGUUACGACACAGUUGGAUAUUCAACUGCCAAAUACCUGACAGCGCCCGUCAUGUGAGGGGCCUCGGCCUACUGUCGCAAGUAUUGGAAAGGAAACUCAUUACACAAGUGUUUCUAGGAUCACGUAAUUAAAAAUUCACCACUGUUUGUAUCUCUGAACCCUUAUUCUUCCCUUUCAAUUUAAAUGAUUUAUCUCUUUUAAUAAUUUAAUUUAUGUAUAUUAAUUUAUGACUAGAUAAUUAUCAGGAAGUCUUUUGUAACAGAUAAAGAUAAUGCCUCGGCUGUCCUUAACUUAUACUCUGAUUUCCCCAAUCUCGGUUCCGAAUCGUUUGUGAGCCUCUUUCAGAGGACGUCCGUGAAAUCCUUUCACCUUUAUUGGAGGCCAUUGCUGAGACAAAUGCCUCUUUUGCCCGGUAACAUGUGGAAAUAAAGCACCACCAUAUCCAAUUUUUUCUUUAUUACGUUUAGAUAACAACAAUAGAAAAUUAGGUGAUGUCCUAUACACGCUUAAGUUUCAUCCAUGAAUGCGAGCGAAAAAUAGAAACAUUUUGUUUGGGGAGUAGUUGUCGUUCGAAUUAUCAUGCCACGGUCUUGCUUCGAGGAUGAAAAAAAAAAUGGUAACCAUCAAGUGAGACAGUGAUUUCGUUAACUAUUGCAACAUUAAGAUUGAGCAUAGACGAAUUACCAAGGCAAAUGUCAUUACGCCUGAGUUAAGGAAUAAGGACAAAUAUCAAGUAAGUCACGUUUGAUCUUUAUUCCCCCAAUCUACUCCACAACAAAGAUGCAACAAAUGACUGCUUUGCUAACGUGAAUCGACCUUGCUAUGUUUUGUAAAUAUCUUUCAUAUAACUCGGCUCCCUGAGAAAACAAAACUAAUUAAAUUUGAGCUUCCUUGAUCCAACCACAACUUAGUGACACCACCUCAGUUGAUGGGUGAAUCAAUUAUUUUUCAAAUGUGAUGUUAAGGAUAAACAUUUGGAUUAGGAGCAGGAUAGGUUAGUAUGCAUAGUUUGCAAACCUAAUUUAACCUUUCAACUUAAUUUAUUUAAGAGUGUUUUCAUUAUUAUAGAAUGAGAUAAACCACGAGUGUUCCAAUAGCUAUAUUUUUUCACAAGCAUCCGUCAAAUCCCAGUUGUACUAUGGAUAGUCAAAAUAAAGCUUCA